CGGGCGCGGCCAUUGGCUGGUCCAGCACGCCGCUCUAAUCCGCCUCCGCCCCCGCGCUGCGCUGCGCUCCACCACCGCGCUGACCUUUCUUCUUCCAGCAGCCCGAGAGAGACGCGAGGUGGCCGCACCAGCCUCCUCCGCCUCCUCCUCCUCCUUCUCCUUCUCUUCCUCCUCCUUCUCCUCCUCCUCUUCCUCUACGCCCGGGAAGCCGCCCGGGCUUGAGGCCGGGCUGCGGACGCCCCGCUUAGCCCCGCCGCGCCGCGGAUGGUGCCGUGCGCUCGGGUGCCCAGUGCAUGAGCAGUUGAGCCUAACUGCCCAACUCUCUAGUGCUACAUCAUGUCUGGCUCCUACGAUGAGGCCUCACUGGCUCCAGAAGAGACAACAGACAGUUUCUGGGAGGUGGGGAACUACAAGAGGACGGUGAAACGCAUUGAUGACGGCCAUCGCCUGUGCAAUGACCUCAUGAGCUGCGUGCAAGAGCGUGCCAAGAUCGAGAAGGCCUAUGCGCAGCAGCUCACUGACUGGGCCAAGCGCUGGCGUCAGCUCAUUGAGAAAGGCCCGCAGUAUGGCAGCCUGGAGCGGGCCUGGGGUGCCAUGAUGACAGAGGCCGAUAAGGUGAGCGAGCUGCAUCAGGAGGUCAAGAACAGCCUGCUGAACGAGGACUUGGAGAAGGUCAAGAACUGGCAGAAGGACGCCUACCACAAGCAGAUCAUGGGUGGCUUCAAGGAGACUAAGGAGGCAGAAGAUGGCUUCCGCAAGGCCCAGAAGCCCUGGGCCAAGAAGAUGAAGGAGCUGGAGGCGGCCAAGAAGGCUUACCAUCUGGCCUGCAAAGAGGAGAAACUGGCCAUGACCCGGGAGAUGAACAGCAAGACUGAGCAGUCGGUCACCCCGGAGCAACAGAAGAAGCUCCUAGAUAAAGUGGACAAGUGCAGGCAGGAUGUGCAGAAGAUGCAAGAAAAGUAUGAGAAAGUGCUGGAAGAUGUGGGCAAGACCACACCACAGUACAUGGAGGGCAUGGAGCAGGUGUUUGAGCAGUGCCAGCAGUUUGAAGAGAAGCGGUUGGUCUUCCUCAAGGAAGUCCUAAUGGACAUCAAACGUCACCUCAACCUAGCCGAGAACAGCAGCUACAUCCAUGUGUACCGAGAACUGGAGCAGGCCAUCCGGGGGGCUGAUGCCCAGGAGGACCUCAGGUGGUUCCGCAGUACCAGUGGUCCCGGGAUGCCCAUGAACUGGCCCCAGUUUGAGGAGUGGAACCCAGACCUCCCCCAUGCCACCACCAAGAAGGAGAAGCAGCCCAAGAAGGCAGAGGGGACCACGCUGAGCAAUGCCACCGGGGCUGUGGAGUCCACAUCCCAGGCUGGGGACCGAGGCAGUGUUAGCAGCUAUGACAGAGGUCAGCCAUACGCCACCGAGUGGUCGGAUGACGAGAGUGGGAACCCUUUUGGAGGCAAUGAAGCCAACAGCGGAGCCAACCCCUUCGAGGAUGAUGCCAAGGGAGUGCGCGUGCGGGCACUCUAUGACUACGACGGCCAGGAGCAGGACGAACUCAGCUUCAAGGCGGGAGAUGAGCUCACCAAGCUGGGUGAGGAAGAUGAACAGGGCUGGUGCCGCGGGCGGCUGGACAGUGGGCAGCUGGGCCUCUAUCCUGCCAACUAUGUUGAGGCUAUCUAGCUGUCCCGCCCACCCGACUCCUCUCUCUUUUUGCCCACCGCCUGCCCUUCCUUCCCAACCCCAUCUCCCUUUCCCUCUCCAUAGAGUUCCAGACAUAUUUUCCGAUCAAGCUUUUAUUUUUUUAAAAGUCAAACGGAACAAAAGAAGAAAUACAGAGACAAAGCAUUUGCGGGGCCAUCCAGAGGCCAGAGUGGUAGGGCUUAGGACAAUGGCCCCACAGUGGGCAAGGAUCUUGGGACUUAGUCCAACAUCACAUCUGCUCUACAGAGUCCACCAAAGAGUCUCCUGAGCCCUGAGGGAUAUCUUCUGGAUCCUUCUGUCCUGCCUCAGUCUCCUGCCCCACCCUAGGCUGCCAGCAGUGACCCCUGUCAUCUGAGCCUGACUUCCUAACCUCUUCCUCCCUUUCUUGUCCCCGUCAAAGGCUUCCUCCACACCCUAGUAAGGAGGUCCCCCAAUCUUUAGUCUUCCACUCUGCCUUGGGGGUGCUCUACUCCUUCAAGACCCUUCCUUUGAGACCAGUGAGGCUGGGGGAGGAAUGGUCCCCCUUGUCUGUGGAUGUUUUGGGUUUUUUUUUUCCCUUCCCCAGACGUGAAGACAGAUGAACUGAAGGAAGUAUUGGUGUCCUUGGCACACAGGAGGGUAAAGGAAAGGCCCCGGCUGUGCCAGCCCUCCCAAUGCCAGUCUCCUUUAGAGGGAUGAAGACCCUGUCUGGGCCCUUCUUUCCUUCUCUGGGCACUGUGGAGAGAGGACUUCUCAGAGCCACUCAGCUUGUAGAGAUCCUGCCCCUCUUUCAUAAGUCCUUGGCACUGGGCAAAGCCCCCCCCCCAAUGCCCAGGGCAAAGCCAGCAACAGUAGCAGCCUCUUCCCGUUUCCUGGGGAAGAGGCAUCUGCCCACCUGUCCCCCUUCCUUCAUGGUCAUCCAGAAACCCCAAAUCACUAGGUACAGCGGCAGCCUUUGUGAAGCCAAGCCUUCCUUGUACCCCCAAGUCUUACUGCCUCCCUGCCCUCGCCUCUUUCACCUAGCCUGCUUGGGGAGAUGCUGGGGCUUGUGGGAGUUUCCAGCUUGGAGCCGGGGAAGCCAGCAGCCUAGACUGGCAGGAGGAAGGGACUCAGGCCUUCAGGAGAUGGACAGUCACCAUGCCUUUCUUUGUCCCCCUUAGUCUCCAAACGCACCCCAUUCGUGCUGGCAGCUCCCCUCCCAUUUCAGCAAGCUUGAGUCUCAGGUUAAAAGACUCUGGGGGUGGGGUUGGGGGGAGUGGGAACAAAGGAUUCAUGAGAGGGGACUGGGUAUGGGUAGCAGCUCUCCCUCUGGUGGGUGGGGGCUGGAGACAGAUUCAGGUUGGAUAAGACCCCAUGAGGUCAGGAGUGGCUGGAGGACAUGUUUCUCCGAACCUCUGGGACCAUCAACCUGAGUGAAGCCCCAGGUAGUACCUGCUCCCAGCUGGGGCUUUGCUAGGCUUCUGGGCUGCAGAUGCCCCUCUGUCUUCCAGGGAAGAAGCGUGGGACUCCCAUGUCCUCCAGGACUCCUUAGCUCCUCUGUUAGGAGGUCCUGAACCCAAGAAACCAGUCUGUACCCCACCUCUGGUGGGCAUGGUUGUGGCAGGGACCUGAGUUUGGGUCAGUUCUCCCUCAGAGCCAGUGCGAUUGGCAGCCUGGGGCCAGGGCUGCCAGCAUCCCCUUUCUUGUUACUGUCUGGUCUCUAGGCAUCUAAUGCAGGCUGAAUUAGGUCCUGGGUCCUUCAGAGCCUAAAAAGUCUGCCUUUCUCCACAAUGGAAGCAGGGAUCUGCUGGGGCCUUCUGGCCCUCACCCUUAUCCUAGAAAGACAAGAAGCUGCCUUGUCUGCACCUUGGGGCCUGGGCUCCCCCUCUCUGCGCCAGCGGCUUCUCAGCACCUGGGGAGGGGCUGUAGCCCUGUUGGAUCCCAGGCUUGUUUUCCUCAGCACUCUAGCUGCCCACUCCGGGGCAGGCGCUGGAAAACCCAUCCCUUCCGAAAAAAUCACCUUUAGGGCCCCAUUUGGGAAGUCUCGGGCCUCAAGCUCCUCGGAACCCCGGCGCCGGAGGGUCUCUCACGCAGAAGUACCCUGAGCCCCGGGGUCCAGCCCCACCUGUUAGUGCUGGUGUCAGGACGCUCAUCCUCUGGCUGGGCCACGCCCCCACGCCGUGACCACGCCCUCCUGUAGCCCCGCCCCCUCGAUGCUGCACGGGCCCGCUCCCCGCGGGGCUUGGACAGUGAUGUGUUUGUCCCCAGUUAACCACCAUCCUGCAGGCCCGAUUCCUCCAGGAUCCCGGGCUGUCCCUGCUGCCACCGCGUCUGCCGCCCUAGGCUUCCUGACUCCAUUAGUUCCGACACUUGUGAAACUCUGAGAAGUGCUGUGGUCUCAGCAAUGCACCUGUUUUGUACAUGAUUGUGUAAUUUAAAGGUAUAUAAAUACAAAUAUAUAUAUCUAUCAGUUGUGACUGUGAACAAAACCCACAACUGUGUUCAA